GCGGCGGCGGCGGGGACGGGGGCGGCGGCGGCGGCGGUAGCACCGCCCCUGCUCAGGCGUCUGCGCCCAGGACCCCCGGCCGGCCGCGCGGGGGACGGAGCGACUGACGUACCUCGCGCGCCCCCGCCCCCGUCCCCGCCCCGGCCUCAUCUUCCCCGAGCUCCCGGGGCUCGCGGGCUCAGGCGCCUCUCGCUCCUCGCCCCUCGCCGCGGCCCUUUCUCUCCCGAGCGCCUCGGAGCGCCUCUGCCGGGCGGCGUCGGGACCCGAGCAGCGGCGGGAGGGCGGGCGGGCGGGCGGCCGGCGCAGGCGGCCCCGAGGAUGAAGUGCAAGCCGAACCAGACGCGAACCUACGACCCGGAGGGGUUCAAGAAGCGGGCGGCGUGCCUGUGCUUCCGGAGCGAGCGCGAGGACGAGGUGCUCUUAGUGAGUAGCAGUCGGUACCCGGACCGCUGGAUCGUGCCGGGCGGGGGCAUGGAGCCCGAGGAGGAGCCCGGCGGUGCGGCCGUCCGCGAGGUGUACGAAGAGGCGGGAGUCAAGGGGAAGUUAGGCCGGCUCCUGGGCAUUUUCGAGCAGAACCAAGAUCGCAAGCACAGAACGUACGUGUAUGUACUGACUGUCACUGAGAUUCUGGAGGAUUGGGAAGAUUCGGUGAGCAUUGGGAGGAAGCGAGAGUGGUUCAAAAUCGAAGAUGCCAUCAAGGUUCUCCAGUGCCACAAACCCGUGCAUGCCGAAUACCUGGAAAAACUAAAGCUGGGCGGCUCCUCAACCAAUGGAAACUCCGUGGCCCCGUCCCUGCCAGAGAGCGCUCCCUAGUGAAUGGCAUAGAUGUUGUUCAGAUUUACUUUGAAAGAAUCAAGUGUGUGAACCCAAUGAUGAAUGGAAUUGUGAAGACAGGUGAGCUCUUUCACGCUCCCAAGGACACAGUUCAUCCUAUCCUUUUGGACACCUCUUCCCUGUUUAUUACAGUGACUAUUCUCCAGGUUGUUGCACUACUACUGUAUCUGUACAGACUUCUAAUUUGGCAACGAUGGCCUUUUUUGUGCUUUUAUGAUUAUGUGUCUAUAUUUCCUACCAGUUAUAUGACAUUGAGUGCAAGGAUCUUAUUUCCUUAGUCUUUUUAUAUAUCUAGCAUACAAGGCAUCACUUGAAAUAUGGUAGACAUCACUGAAGAUUUGUCUAGAAAAUUAAUAUUUUGUAAUGACACUGAAUGCAUUUACCCUCUAAUCUGUUGUUAGUACAGUAAAUGCUGUCUGUUUAGCAUAUUUGUGGCUUUUGUAUAUCACAUGUCACAAAAGUGUUUAAAGGCAGCUGUGAGACGUUAGAAAGCAAAAAUUCAUACUCUUAUGUCUUUGUCAUCCCAGAUAUUAUGUGCCUCCUAAUGGCAUACACUACACCACCUAUGAAAUAUAUGUGCCAAAAUUUUGAACCUAAAUCUGACUGUGCCUCUAGACAGAACUCCUAAUGUAUAGAAAACACAGGGAACAGAGAAACAUUACAACAAAAAGAUGGUAUCAGUAGAAUCCAGACCACAGGAAAACAUUAUAGGACAAAUGACUCAGUACCUUCAGUAAAUAAAUUACCAGGAUGAAAGAAAUGGAGGAUGAACCUAUAGAUUAAAAAAGACUUGAGACUUAUCAACCAAUUGUAAUGUAUGGAUUUUUUUUGGAUCCUGAUUUGACCAAACUGUAAAAUAAAUACGUUUUGAGACAAUCCGGAUAAUUUGAAAAGUAACUUGAUAUUUGAUAUUAGUUGGAAUAAUAGUAUUACGGCUAUGUUGAAAAAUAAGAGUCCUUAUCUUUAAGUAAGAGAUUCUCAAGUAUUUACAAUUGAAAUGAUACCAGAAUAAUAGGUUUGGAUGUUAAUUGUCUUGGAGAUAUUGAUGAAAAAUGAUUGGCUUUGACUUGAUAAUUGUUGAAGCUGGGUAGUGGUUAAAUGAUGGUUCAUUACAUAUGUUCCUCUCUACUUUUGUAUAUUUGACAUUUUUUAUAAUAAAAAGUUACUAAAAGUA